ACAAAUCGUGCGCAGAAAUGACGUCACAUCCCACCGUGCGCCAUUAGUGCCGUGUGCAAUUGCCGUGCGCAGUCUUUAGGAGGGAAUAUAAACUCGUUCCCGGUAGAUCGCAACUAGUUGUAAAAGCAGUGAAAGUUACCGGAGAAAAGAUCCACAAUGGUUUGGCCACGCGGGUCGUUGUUUCAGAAAGAAAAGAAAAAAUCUCUAAACGACAAACACCCAGUAACCCAAGCACCUGCUUGUCCAAGCUGCAGAGCACAUGGAUGCUGCAAAUCGUGUGGUCCAAACUGCAGAUGCACUCGAAUAGUGAUUCGACCUCCUCUUUUUACCUACUACACGGACACUAUGCAUUGAUAAAUAUCAUUGAAUCAUAUCAGGAAUGAUAUCUCUGACAUGUCAUGCAAUUACUAGAUAUUGACAUGACAUUUCUCCAUAUUGAGUAGGAGUUUUCUUGAAUUACAAUGUUCAGAAUUCAUACAAAAAUUUUAAUGAACAUAACUUCAAGAAUAAAUAAGCAGGUUGCAACACAAAUUGUGACUUCUGCUUCUUUGAAGAAUUUUAAUAAGAGGCCUUGACUCUUAAAAAACAAGUUUCAUUGAUAAGGGAAACAGCUACACGAGACUUGUGUAGGUCCAAUACUAAAAUAAGAUAGUUUCAAGAGACUAUCAGCGAUGCAUAAAAAGGUUUUUACUAAACAUUCAUAUUUGUGUUUCAUAGUUUCAACAGGUAAAAUAAAAUAAAAUCUCUCAAUCUAAUUCAAUGACCAUUCCUGUGUCCUAAAUAUUGUAUGCAACAAGUAUAAUUUAAAAAUUAAUUAGCAGAACAUUUAUUUUCUAUGAAUUACUCAUGUACCUUUUUAUAACAAUGUCAUUAAAUUUGAAUCAACUGUAAGAAAUUACAAAAGAUGCAACAAAGAACUAAGAAUUACAAAGAACAAAGAAUUAAUUUUUUUCCCCAAAGAUGUUUUGUUUUAAUGGGUUUGCAACAUCACAUCCAAUAUCAAUCUUGCAAGGUAGGUAACAGCAUGAAGAAAAAAGGCUGUGGGUUUGAUACGAACCUAAAAGUUUUAAUCUGGAGUGUGUACACUCAAAUCUGUGAUAAAUCAAGUAUUUCAUUUCAUUAUCCAUAGCCUCAAAGUCUUUUACUCUCUAGGAAAACAAGAACUAGAAGUCUUAGUCUUUAGUUAACAACUGUCAUGAAUUUAGCAUCUUCCUUCAACAACUUAAAGUAGAAAAAUACGAAUAGUAAUUGAAAAGAAAACAAAUUAUCUAAUGCAAUUCUGCAAGUAAUAAACAAAAUCACAGAGUAAUCUUGUUUAUAUUUCUGGGUAAAAUUACUGCCAUUAGAAAAAUAAAUCAUAUUUAGGAC